UUCACGACACCAGCGGCCGCGCGCACGUAGCUGUCAGUAGGAAAUGCUGGGUGUUCGGGCAGUGUGCACUGCAACCGCUAAGCUUGAAUAAUUUGAACGCGUGGCGUUCUUUUAGAAGUAUUGAACAUUUAAAAAAAAGUUUUUAGUGCCGUUUGAUGAGGCUGAUAGUGCGCAUGUCUAAUGUGGAGAUCGAAACCUUCAGAUAAGCUCGGCUAACAGCAACGACGCUAAUGCUAAUAGUUGAAGGGGCUAAAAAUUAGCUAGUUUGCAACUUAGCUUGCUAAUGCGGAAUAUUUGCUCCUCCAACAGCGAACAUUUUUCUGUGUUUCUAUCCGGUCGGGCGGCUUGGGACCCUCGGUAAACGGAAGACGCUGUGGAGCCGGAGCUGUGGCGGGGGUGGGUGUAUGUACAGGAACCCCCUGGCUGGCUACCCAGGAGGACGGAUCGCAGUGACACGCAGGUCGAGGGAGAGAUCAGUGGGGAACCAUGGCUGAGCUCUCCACGUUAUCCCCAUCUCCGCCUGCGUUGGGUGAUCCCUGUGCAGCCCCACCCAUAACUCCGUCUUCAUCUGUGCUCCCUCCUGCUAGCAACACUCCACCAGAAUCUAUUCAGGAAAUGCCUCUACCCAAGUCUUCCCUUUACAGUGACAAAGCUCUGAGUGGAAACGCUUCUGCAGCAUCCUCAAACGCUUCACCGUUGACUCCACAUUUGUCCGCAAGUCCCCCCACACUUGCAGGAGAAACUCCCCCUCCACCGUCAGGAAAUCAAGAGUCAAAUGAAAAAUCCAACAGUGUCCCGGCUGCUGCAGAACUCCUGAAUGCAGUGGAAGCUCCACAAUGUGCAAGUGGGCCUUCAGAUCCAAGCACAGAGCUGCAAGCGUCCUGUCCACCUGAUCUAGAUGUUACUCUGUACCCUAAUGUGCAGGUAAGCCAUGAGGACGGCCAAUCUGAGAAGGUGCCCGAUUUCACUCCCACAACUGCUUCUUCAGCUGCACCAGCGGCUGAGGUGGAGACUCCUCAGACAGUUGAACAAGAACAAAAGCCUCUAAGUAAGCCUCCUCCUUUGUCCCCAAAGCCUCGCUUAUCUGGUGAACCCAACAAGCCAGAGCUUUUCCACACUCCAACCCGAGCUGGACACUCUAGCCCCACGGUCCCAAUGAUCCAAGAGCCCGUCCUCCCAUACGCCAAACCGCGGCCGGCCCCCGACACCCUGAGUUACCUGGAAUCCGCCAGCCUGAUGUCGGGAACAUUGGAGUCCCUAUCUGGACUGGGAGAGGACGGGAGCUCCGUGGGCUCCGACUCCGAGAUCAAUGGCCUCACUGUCAAACGCACUGAUAAAUAUGGCUUCCUGGGCGGCAAUCAGUACAGCGACACAAACGAAAAGGACCUUCGAGUGGAAGUUGCCCGGCAGAGAGAACUGAAAUGGCUCGAAAUGUUUGCCCACUGGGAUAAGUGGGUCAAACAUCGCUUCCAGAAGGUGAAGCUGCGCUGCAGGAAGGGGGUUCCCUCUUCUCUCCGGGCUAAAGCCUGGCAGCUGCUGUCCAACAGUGAGGAGCUCCUGCAUGCUAACCCAGGCAAAUUUGAGGAGCUGGAGAGGGAGCAGGGGGAAGCUAAAUGGCUCGACAUUAUUGAGAAGGAUCUUCACCGGCAGUUCCCCUUUCACGAAAUGUUUGCUGCCCGCGGUGGCCAUGGUCAGCAGGACCUGUAUCGCAUCCUGAAGGCUUACACCGUCUACCGGCCUGACGAGGGUUACUGCCAGGCCCAGGCUCCAGUGGCUGCUGUGCUGCUCAUGCAUAUGCCUGCAGAGCAAGCGUUUUGGUGCCUUGUCCAGAUCUGUGAGAAGUAUCUUCCUGGUUAUUACAGCGCCGGCCUGGAAGCAAUCCAGCUGGAUGGCGAGAUCUUCUUCUCUCUGUUGCGGCGCACGUGUCCAAUGGCAUACCGCCAUCUGAAGAAGUUCAAGAUAGACCCAAUUCUCUACAUGACCGAGUGGUUCAUGUGCAUCUUUUCUCGCACGCUGCCUUGGUCCAGCGUCCUGCGUGUGUGGGACAUGUUUUUUUGUGAAGGAGUGAAGAUAGUCUUCCGCGUUGGUUUGGUGCUGCUGAAACAGAUGCUCGGAUCUGUGGAUAAACUGCGGGAGCUGCAGGGCAUGUACGAGACCAUGGAGCGCCUCCGAAACAUCUCGCCCGACACUAUCCGGGAGGACUUGUUGGUUCAGGAGGUCAUUGCUCUUCCAGUGACGGAAACCCUCAUCGAGAGGGAGUGCAGCGUCCAGGUGAGGAAAUGGAGGGAAUCCAGGGGGGAGCUGACGCACCAACCGGGCCGCCGCCAUCACGGUACAAGGGCCAUCUAUGAGCACAAGCGGCGCGCUGCCGCCAUCACGUCAGGAGGCAGCUUCUCUUUUCUCGGAAGCCCAAUCCCACCUCCAGGACCCCUCAGGGCUUCCUCCAGCCUUCUGUCCCUCCCUGGCUUCAGAAGAUCGAAAGCCUCUUUCCUAUCCCAGACGAAAAAAGGUUCCUUUUCAGGGCCGUCCGGAUUUGAAGUCUCGCCACACCAAGCUCCACCUGCGGUGACUUCAGCCCGAGGUACGAGCCACAAACCGCCCAUCCCUCCAGGGGCCGCUCAGAAGCCCCCGUCAGCCCAAGUUCAGAGCCCCGCAGUUCCAGCUGUCUCAUCUCCACCAGCUGAGGGAACCCCGACACAAAGCACAGCCCCGCCCAACACUCUGUCCCCGUCUCCCGUGGUCGUUUCGGAGCAGAUCACCCCCACCAUCCCGUCUCCUACUGCGAACAACGCUCCUCUGCAGCCGUGCCCCGCUCCACCGAAAGACGCCGCGCCUCCGGCUGAUGCCCCGGCUGCUGCCCCCGCUGCAGAGGAGGAGGGGAAGAAGAAGAAGAAAAGCAAAGAAGACAAGAAGAAGGAAAAGGAAGACGAGAAGAAAAAGAUGAAAGAGAAGAAGGACAAGGAGAAAGCUGAGAAAGAAAGGCUCAAGAAAGAGAAGGAGAAGCAAGAAAGAGAGAAGAAGAAAGUGGUGAAGAAGAAAGAGAAAGGGGGAGGAGAGGCGGAUAACAAAAAUGGAGCCACAGCGGCGAAAGACUCGGCCUAAUUCCCCCGACCGCUGCAGGAUAACGAAAAGGGAGACUGAACAAAACAAAAAUAAGAACAUAAAGAGGUCAGACACAAAAAGCCCUUCAUGUAAUGACUCCACAAGAUCCGCCGACCUCCUGUCCAAUCCAUCCUUUCAUUCCAUGUGGUUGAAGAACCACAAUGGCGUUUUAGCUCCUCCCACACUUUUCACUUCGUUUUACUGAACCGGGAGAAGGGACACCUGGAGUACAGACUUUUUUCAGUCCGGUUUGUGUCUGUUUUUAACUAGUCAUUGCUUAAUCAAUACUUUAAUCAAAGUAAAAACGCAGAAAUGAGUAAAACUAAUAAAACUAGUGUUACAGUUAACAGUUUCAAAGUGUCGCCCACUCCCCCAUCUGUCCCACCGAGCCUCAUCUGAUCCAAUCAGGCCGAGAAGGAACGACAUCAUUUUCAUCUCAAAACGCAGGAUGUGGAGGCGGAACUGUUAGCCGUGUUGUUUAGAGUGUAUUUAUUGUCUAGUUAAAUGUUGUGAGUGUGUGCCUUAGUAGAUUAUUGGCAUGUGUUUGCUGUGUGCGUUCCUCCCCUGCCUGCUUUUUAUACUUGAGUUUCUCCUCAGGUCAAACCACAUUUCAGUCUUUCUGGGUUUUCACGGACAAACGGGACUGAAUCAGUCCGAAAAGGGGAGCGUGUACAUUUUUUUAUUUUCUGUUUUUUUUUUUUUUUUGUCUGUGUCUUAGGCUGAAGCAUUAUUGCGCGUGUGAGCCGUGCAAACGUCAUAAAGACCAAAUGUCCUACAGAAGUAAGCGUUCAAAAAAAGGACUGUCUUUGAAAAGCGUUAAGAACAUCCGUUUAUUAGAAUGUGAUCUGAUGCACCUGGAGGGGAAGGAAGGAAGGAAGGAUGUAUUUUUGCACUUGGGCUUUGGGUCGCCAAACUUAAGUGCUCCCUGGGUGUGGAGACCUGAAAGCUGGUCUGAACACUUCAAAAUCUCCAUAGGAAGCUACUUGACUGGAGAUGCCGGGUCAGUGCCAAUGUAGCAGCAAUCUCUGGUCUCUGACCCGUGGGCUAUAUGGUGUAUUUAUGUACAAAGUGGUUAAUUUAAGGAAAUAUAGUAUAUUAUGAAUUAUUAUUUUCAAUCCCACUAUUUUUCUAAAGAAUGAGGAGACACCUGAUAGACUGGAACGAUGGCGAACGUCAGAGUUUUGCUGUGCGAAGAUCUUUUUUUUUUCCUUUUUUCUUUAGCCGUGUUCUCUGCCUCUUCAUCACACUCGCAUGUUUGGUCGUUUCGUCUUUGUAGUCGCUGCCAUUGUUUUUUUGGGGGGGGUCAAGUUGACAGGCUCGCAGUUACGAAAGUGCAGUAUUAGUGAGGAAAAUCUGGCGUCCUGGAGAACAGACGUUCUUCAGACGGACAUCUCUGUACCGUAGGAGGGGAUUCAUCGGCUUCUCCGUCGACCUUCCUGACGUUUUUACACACAGUGUUCUGUACUGUAACUUAUUUAUGCAUACAUUGAAAGGCACUGAACCCCAUCAGUAUGCUCCGUUAGUGUAAAAAAAAAAGAAAAGCACUGAUGCUUUAACUGUACUUUUUCAUAGAUGAUAAUUAGUAAGUCUUUUACACAAUUGUAGCCGACCUAACAUCUGUCCUCUCUGUCUUCCCCACUCGUUUCUGCUCUUUCAGUGGUGUCAUUUGGAUAUACGGAUGUGUCCAUACGCUUUAUGUAAAUGCUGUCAGAGGCAUGAAUCCGUUUUGGUGAAGGAAACACAUCUAUGCAAUCCUUCCUCUGUCCCUGCCUGUGGAGACAGCAGAGCGGUAACUCGGAGAAGGGAAUCCUGUGCUUCUGUGGGGGUUCUAAGCACACGUUCAGCCCUGAGGACUCUGAAAGUCCUGCCUGGUUUUCCCCGCGACGGCUGGGGUUCUCGCUCAGUUCUUUGUGGAGGCCACCCCUUUCCAAAGUGUCCACUGUCCUCUCCGCCACUCCGUCUCUGUCCUUCGUGUCUUUAAGUUUACAUGCCACUCUGGUGAAAGUGAAGUUAAAUCAUAGCUAAAUGAGUUCAUUCCUUCAGAUCAACAACUGUUGUAUUUAUAAUUAAUGACAAUAAUGACAUUUGUGAUGAGUAAUAAACCAUAAUAUAUUAAGACA